AUGGUGAGGGGGAGUGAGACGCUUGCCCUCGCCUUGAAAGGCCGCGGGGCGGAGUUCCCGGCCGGGCUAGGCGGCGAAUCUGCUCUCUUUUUUUUGGCGUGGUACGUCCGAGCCCUUAGAUGGUGGGGAGGCGGGCCUCUCUGAAAGCGCUGCAUUCCCACGUGAAAGGGAAUCUCCAGGUUUAGACACGCGUCAUUAAAAACCAAUAAGAUGCUGGUUUCUGUCACUGGCUGGGCAGCAGCUGCUCGCCAGGUAUUUACUUGGCGACUGUUUUGCAAGGUUUUUUUGUGGGUUGCUUACUGGAAAGCGAAGGCGGUUGUUUGUGUUGGCACUUGGAAAAUAUUCAGUAUUAACCUAAGUCUCCGUGGUCCUCUGGGCAAAAGUGUGGCACCCAUUUCGGAACAGUGAUUAAGUGUACUGGAAGAUCUCUAGCUGUUUUGAAUUUUCAACAUAGGUACGGUCAUGGUAACUGGACUUAAAUUUAUGUAUCCUGGCUGCCUUAGUAAAACCCUUAUAUCUAGAGUGGUUGUUGGGGUUUUUUCAAAACAUUGCCCUCUGGACUUUGGAGAAGGGAUGGUUAACGUAUUAAUAAAACCAGCAUGAUUUACAGCUGGUGUGGUGGCAGAUGCUACUUCUGUAGGCGGAGGUGCCUAAUCAAGGUUUCAAAUUCUGAAUAUUUGGGAACUUGCUUUUGGUAAAUGAUGAAAUAAAUAAAUCAUAUCACAGGAAAAUUAUCUAAAGUGAUAGUGGAUAAUUAUUUGUUUUACAAAAGGCUUUAUAGAAGUAUUCUUUUUGGCAGCCUGUUGCAACUAGGUGUAGUCACCAAAUCCAUAGAGGAGGGCCCAAAUUUUCCCCCCAGGAAGUUGUGUUCAGGGCCAGUAGUAAAAAAAGUUAAAUGAAUAAAAAUAUGCCUUCUAGGCAGGAAAAUGACCAGGAUUUUUAAGUUGUGCAGUGAAGGAACUGAGCUGUAGAAACACCCAUACUGUGACGACACACCCUGCUAUUCAGGUUACAACCUGCACUUAUACAGGCAAACACAAUAGCUGUGUUUCCCUAGAGUUGCUUUGACAUCCCUUGAUCUUAAAUAAUAAGUCCAUUGAGAAAGCAAGAAAUAGGUUUGAUACACCAGGUCAGGAAAGCUCUGACUAAAUAUCUGCCACUAUUGGGCCAGCCACAAAAUAUAUUCCACCUCUCGAACUUAAAACUGUAGCAACACCCAUUUGAGAGAACUUGCUGGUUCUUUAUCCACAUCUGGGCACCAUCAUUCCAAACAUCGUGAAUGCAAGUCUGCAAACGUGUUCUUCUACUUUUUAAUUGUAAAAUUACAUAGAGAUCUUUUCUGCAGUUGUGAAGCAGUUCUACAGCGAGGUUCCAAGAGCCGUGACAAGUAUAGAGGCAAGGGAAGAAGAGAGUUGAAACUCUUAGAAAGCAGCUGUUUGCAAUGA